UAAGGCAUAAUAAGGCUUCUCUUUUGCCAUUUUCUCCGAAUCUGAGCAGACUUGGACCGUCAGCUGCAUGUUGUCCGCAGAGCUGCGUGGGGAGGUCCUAAUCUGCAGGAGCAGCUGGGAGCAGUUUACCACGUGAUAGGAGAGAUGUUAGAGCAGCCAUCGCCGUUUCACCCAAUUCAUGUCCAGGCUCAAGCUGGGAAAAGGUGAGGCGGCGAGGAAAAAGGGGCGCCACCCGGGAAGAAGCCUUAGCUGGAUCCCUCCUCGCCGUACCAAGGACUGCUGCAAACAUCUGGCACCUGUGCGUCCACCCUAAAGCCAAAGAGUGCUAUUUGCCUUUUUUGCCACAGGAACACUGUGGAGAACAAGGCCUGAGGUUGACUACUCCCCCCACUGGUCUUUGAGGAGGGGGGGAGGUACGAGAGGAGGGGAGAAGGAGAAGCGGCUCAACCCAACUGGAGCAUGGGGCAAAAAGUCCCUGGUGGCAUUAAAACCAUUGAUAUGCGUGAUCCAGCGUUCAGCCCUCUGAAAUUGGAGCUCCAGGCUUUGAGUCACACCAAGCCGUCCCGACUGGAUUUGAUUCUGGACAUGCCCCCCGCGGGCCCGGACGUCCAGGUCCAACACUCUUGGAACAACGACGACCGCUCCCUCAACGUCUUCGUCAAAGAUGACAACAAGCUGGUGUUUCACCGGCACCCCGUGGCGCAGAGCACGGACGCCAUCCGUGGCCGCGUCGGCUACACCAGGGGACUGCACGUGUGGGAAAUAAGCUGGGCCAUGCGCCAGAGGGGCACGCACGCAGUGGUGGGUGUGGCCACAAGUGACGCUCCCUUGCACUCGGUGGGCUACACGGCUUUGGUUGGAAGCAACGCCGAAUCCUGGGGGUGGGACCUGUGCAGGAGUAAACUCUACCACGACGGCAAGAAUCUCCCCGGAAAAACAUACCCGGGCUUCCUGGAGCCCGGAGACACCUUCAUAAUUCCGGACUCCCUGUUGGUGGUCUUGGACAUGGAUGAGGGGACUCUGGGUUACAUAGUGGAUGGACAUUAUCUGGGUGUAGCAUUCAGAGGACUUAAAGGCAGGAAGCUGUAUCCAGUGGUGAGCGCCGUAUGGGGACACUGUGAAAUUCGAAUCCGGUACAUAAAUGGACUUGAUCCUGAGCCGCUGUCGCUGAUGGACCUGUGUAGACGCUCGGUCCGAGUAGCGCUGGGAAGAGAGCGUCUGGGUGAAAUCCAUAGACUACCCCUGCCAGCCUCCCUCAAGAACUACCUGCUCUACCAAUGACGACGCACGCUGACGGUCUCCGUAUGUGCAGACGCCUCGUUUGUUGCACUGGGAUCGUCCUUGGAGGGUGGGGUGUUUAACCCGUUUGACUGCAUUACGAAAACCUCCAGAAGUGACUCAUCCUCACCGGUGAUUCAGCAAGUACACUUCUUAUGGCCGUUGAACUCCUUUUGAGUUUAUUUUGUUUUAUAGCUCUUUGCAGCUGUGUCCUUUUUGACUUUAGGAAAUCAGGAAUCGCUGAGCACUAUGCACACGCUGAUCCGGUUGAAGCAAAGACGGCCGUGACGACUCGCCUGUAGGUUGUGGAUUGUUCUGGCAUUACUGAUUGGUGCCUCUGCUGUGACCUCCGGACUUUGUCUUUUAUGCAUUCCUGUUAUGUAGCUUUUGAAUUUUAAUUGUCCUUGCUCUGAGACAACACUAAAGUCACAAACAUGAACUUUACAUGCUAGUAAACUAGUGCAAUUCAAGUCUUUGACCACAAGGUGGCAGCACACUUUUUACAACGCAUCCUUUGCAAUUGAGAAGUCUAUCAAAAAUCCAGUUUUUAUCAUUGUGGGUUUUAAAUUGAUAAUAUUUAUACUUCACACCACACGGUAUAUUUAAAAGAAAGAUGCACUCCAUAAAGAGCUUCCAGUGCAGUUUGAGACAGUUCUGACCCUCUUUCUGUUUUGUGGAAUUGUCCCAUCAACAGGGAUCAGGCAGCUGACUGGAAUAUUAUCAGCAUAUUUUUAACAGAAAGAUAACAUCACUGUGAUCGUUUGUAGCAGGCAGCUACUGGAUGUUCUAAACAUCUUUUUUCACUCCGUCUUCUAGUGUCGUAGCCUCCUACCACAGGCUUUUUAUGCCCAAGUGUAUGGUUAUUUUCUUUCUUUUGUUUUGUUUUAAACUCCACAUGUGAAUCACUGUCUGCAGACUAUAAAUCACAGUAUAGAAAAGAACCAGUGGGUGACAAUCUACAAAGAAGAAAUAAUGCCAACAAACAGUGAAAUGCCAGACCACUGACUCGUCAAGAGUUUUUAAAUCCUUUUUUUCAACGCUCUGUUAAAUGUCAACUCUCUGCUUCUUUUUAUUUUUACCAUGCUUGCAGCCUCCCCUUGAUUUAUAUAUAUUUUUUUGUAAUUCCCUGUAGAAAUGUUAAUUAUAUAUUAAAGAUUGUUUCAAAAUAUGUGCUGUUUACAAAUGAAUGUUCUGUUGAUACAAGGUUUGAUUUUUAAUCCGUUACAGAGGCGGUUUAGUUCAGAGCUGCAGAAUCCACUGCUG